GCGCAUCGCGCUCGACCGCGUUAGAGAUCUAACGAGGUUUUUUUUUUUCGCGGAGUCGACUCGACGAGUCGAAGUUAGAGAGACAGUUCUUUUUUUUCUGUUGAACGGAAAUCUCAUCCGAGGCGACGACCAUGCUGACGCUUCAAGAUUUGUCGAGCAGAGCCACGAGGUGCCAUCAGAUAUCGAUAAUGACCGGCGACGACAACGGCGAUCUGUUGCGAUUUCGACGAUCGGUAUCGCCGACGACGGUCUGGUCGAACGUCACCAAUUACGAUUACCAGAAUCACAGUCGCGAGAUGUUAUUCGACAUGAACGAAGACGAGACGUCCGCGAUUUGUACCUCGCUUUAUUUUUUCCUGGACUUUUGCCACGUGUAUUACAUACCGGCCAUCAUCCUGCUUGGUCUGGUCGGCAAUCUGCUGUCGUGCGUGGUCUUCCUGAAGACGCAUCUGAAGCUGCGCAGCUCCAGUUACUACCUGGCAGCGUUGGCUUGCGCCGACUUUGGUUUCCUCAUGUCCCUGCUGUUGGUGUGGCUCAACAGCACGCUCGGAUGGCGAGUCUUCAACAACGACGGCUGGUGCGAGACGCUGGUUUACGUGAGCGCGGUGUGCAGCUCGCUCAGCGUCUGGCUGAUCGUCGCCUUCACCGUCGAGAGGUUCAUCGCCGUGCAAUAUCCGCUGCACCGGCCGCACAUGUGUACCGUGGCGCGGGCCAAGAUGAUCAUCCUUUUGCUGACGUUUCUCGCUCUGAUCAGCCACUCGUACGCCUUCGUCACCGCCGGGGUGAGACAGAACCCGUACGGCGAUGACGUGUGCGACCUGAAGAUCGAGUAUCUGGAGACAAUGCAGAUCAUCAGCAUCAUCGACAGCAUCGCCAGCCUGAUUGUACCGCUCGUGCUCAUCAUCGUGAUGAACACGAUGAUCAUGAGAAACCUCUUGAAAUUCGGCAGGCGGUUCAAGGAGGAGGCGAUCUACGCCACAAAUUGCCCGGGCGGGCACAAAUCCGACAUCAAUCUCAAUCAGAUCCCGAGUGGACACAGCAGCAACAACGGACGCGGCGAUAUAAAUCUGGGCUCGCUCGCGAACGGCUCGCGACGGCAACCCUCUCAGCAGUCGUCGUCGUUUCACUCGUCCAAGAACCAUUCUCGGUCGCAUCAACCUGCGUCCGCGCCGCCAUCGACACCGCGGAACGCCUAUCAGAUGACCGAAAUAGAAGCACCGUGUAUACACGUUAGAUCAUCGUCUCGGAAUCUCGGAUCGACAAGAUUCAAUCAAGAAAGCAUCACAAAAAUGCUCGUACUUAUUAGUACGGUCUUCAUAUUGCUUAAUCUACCGAGUUACGUGAUUCGCCUGUGCGUGUUCUUCUUCACAUUGGCGAGAAAGGACACGCCGGAGACGCUCUGGUGCCUGCAGCAGUUCUUUAUGCUGCUGUAUUACACAAAUUUCAGCAUCAACUUUCUGCUGUACGCCAUGUGCGGCAUCACGUUUCGCCGCUGCCUGGAACAGAUGCUGCGCCGCGUUCUGAAGAGCAUGACACGAUAUCACUGCAAUCCGCAGAGGGAUUCCGAAGACGCGUGAAGCAGCAGCAACGUUUUCUCUCCCCGCAACUUCUCCCGAGGUGUUCUUCUCCGUGUUUGGUUUCGACCGAGAUUUCAACCAGAUCGUUGCGGCGUUUGUGGGAAAAUAAAUCCAAGAUAAAUCCUGUUUGCGCAAUUGUGUGCGUCGAGAAAGAACAUACUCUAUUCGUCUGACACACGUUUGCGACGUGUUGUAUCGAACAAACAAUAAGACAACGAUUUGACGUGAAAGGAUAGAAUCCGUCUCCAGAAGAGAAUAGAAGCUGCGAAACACACUGCAUGCGACGUAUAUAAAGUGUUUGGCUGAUAAAUACGUCACGAAUAUAUCGAAGAUGAAUGAUCUGGCACGUAUUUGUUAUAAAUGUCAAUUUAUAUAUACGGAUUGCGGUGACACGUGUUAGACGAUUAUGUUUUGGCGGAGAUUCUUCGUUUCCACUCAUUCGUGCGUGUUUCAAGUUUAAAGACGUGAAAUGGAUCGCUUUGAAAUUUUCAUAACGCGUUUCCAGUAUUCGAUCCAACGUUUCGAGCGGUCAGCUUUAACUAACGGACCAAUGUGAAUGAUUCUCGCUUCAUUUCUGUUCUUGAAAUUUGUUAUAAUUCUGUAUUACGAAUCAUUUUUGUUUUUGUUAUUGUUGUGUUUUUUUUUUCAAAAGUUAAAUUACACAAGAUAUUUGUGUAUUUCUUGACUUCGCGCGUAAACAAAUUAACUUUCAUGAUCAUCAUGUUGAUGUGAGACCAAGAUCUUUUUUAUUGCGGCGUUCGUAAUUAUAUUAUGUCACAAUAUAAAUGUACACACUCACACACAAACUUCAACAUGAUAGUGCAGCUUUAUCGUAUCUAGAAUUGUUAUCUAUGGCUUGUUCAAUAAUUGCGUGUCGACAAAGCUUGCACAAAUGAUAAGAUUAACACGAUAAGAUUAACGUGCGAGUGACAUGUGCUAAGCUCUUUUAUAGAAAUAUUAGAAUCUGCGAUGUAGUUAAUGGAAAAUCAAACAUUUUGAGAAAUUUGUGAGAUUUAUGUAAAAUGUAUUAAAAAACACAGUAUAAAAAAAUGGAUUUAAAAAAAUUUACAAAGUGUGUGUGU